AUGCCGUUCCCCACAGCGGCAGCCUUCGUGGCGGUUGUGAAGAAGAGCCAGGCUGUAGAAGAUGCAAUAUGUGAGGAAGGGAUGGGAGCGCAGGGGAAAAGGCAGCGGUUGGGUUUCGGCGGACUCGACGGCGGUCACCGCUCCGCCAUGCACGCGCUCAGCGCGCUGCUAGGGCUCUCCCUGCGCGCCUGGCUCCAAGGCAAGCGGAAGCACCCAGAGCCCGGGCUUGGAACAGUCUGUCCAGGAGCUGGGGAGGGCCGGCCCGACGCACAGGCGCCAGGGGGCCACUGCGCCUGGGCCGCCCAUGUCACCGAGCGCCGCCGGAGCUGGGAGCAGGGACCCUCGGCCGGUGAGUACGUGGGGCGGCUCAUCCCCUCCCCGUGGGCUCGGCUGCCCUCGCUCCCGCCCUGCGCCGCCAACCAGCAAGCCCGCAUUUUUCGCAUUUCUUUUCCAGGUGUUGAGCAGGAUCCCGCAGCCGGCGCCAGGCCGGUGGCCACCUCCACGCCGCUUCCCCUCUUGCCUGCUCUGCUCCAGCCUAAAUCCUUCGGUGCGGGCUGGUGGGACGCGCUCUCCCUCACCCCGCAGGAAAGUUUCAGCUCCCGGCCGCAGCUACCGCAGGACGAGGGAACCCGUGGCCAGACGGUGCCGGGGGACGCGCCGGCAGUCCCUGGCACCAUGAGCAUCGAGAAAGCAGGGGGGAGGCUUUGCAGCAGCAAACGUGCCAGCCUGCCCGCAGCCCGGCAGUUCCCCGUGAUCCAGAAGAUGGUGGAGGAGGCGCGGGCCAAGCUGGGCGAGCUGGACCUCGAGGUGCAGCAGAAGACCAACCGCCUGGCCGAGGUGGAGCUGCGCCUCAAGGACUCGCUGGCCGAGAAGGCCCAGGAGGAGGAGCGCCUCAGCCGGCGCCUGCGCGACAGCCAGGAGACCAUCGCCAGCCUCAAGUCGCAGCCCCCGCAGGUCAAGUACAUCAUCAAAACGGUGGAGGUGGAGUCGUCCAAGGCGAAGCAGGCACUGUGCGAGAGCCAGUCCCGAAACCAGUACCUGCAGGAGCAGGUGGGGAUGCAGCGGCAGGUGCUCAAGGAGAUGGAGCAGCAGCUGCAGAGCUCGCAGAAGACGGCGGCCCAGCUCCGCGCGCAGAUCAUGCUCUAUGAGGCUGAGCUGGAGCGGGCGCACGGGCAGAUGCUGGAGGAGAUGCAAGCCAUGGAGGACGAAAAGAACCGAGCUAUCGAGGAGGCCUUUUCCCGUGCGCAAGUGGAGAUGAAGGCCGUGCACGAGAACCUGGCGGGCGUUCGGACCAACCUGCUCACGCUGCAGCCGGCGCUCCGCACCCUCACCAACGACUACAACAGCUUGAAGCGGCAGGUCCGCGACUUCCCCCUGCUCCUCCAGGAGACGCUGCGGAGCGCCAGGUCCGAGAUCGGACAAGCCAUUGAGGAGGUGAACAGCACCAACCGGGAGCUCCUGAGGAAGUACCGCCGGGAGCUGCAGCUCCGCAAGAAGUGUCACAACGAGCUGGUGCGACUCAAAGGCAACAUCCGUGUGUUUGGGCGAGUCCGCCCCAUAACCAAGGAGGACGGGGUGGGUGCAGAGGCAGCCAGUGCGGUGACGUUCGACCCUGACGACGAUGCUGUGCUGCACCUCUUGCACAAAGGGAAGCAGGUGUCCUUCGAGUUGGACAAGGUCUUUCCCCCUAAAGCAACGCAGGAGGACGUAUUUCGAGAGGUCCAGGCCCUCGUCACCUCCUGCAUUGAUGGCUACAACGUCUGCAUCUUUGCCUAUGGGCAGACAGGGGCUGGCAAAACGUACACGAUGGAGGGAACGGCCGCAAACCCCGGCAUCAACCAGCGGGCCCUGCAGCUGCUGUUCGCCGAGGUGCGGAGCAAGGCGGCCGACUGGGACUAUGCCAUCAGCGUCAGCGUGGCUGAGAUCUACAACGAGGCGCUCAGGGACUUGCUGGGGAAGGAGCCUCAGGAGAAGCUGGAGAUCAAGCUAUGCCCGGACGGCAGCGGGCAGCUCUACGUGCCCGGGCUGACCGAGUUCAGGGUGCAGAGCGUGGAGGACAUCAACAAGGUCUUCGAGCUGGGUCACGUCAACCGGGCAACAGAAUGCACCAACCUCAAUGAGCACAGCUCGCGCUCCCACGCGCUCCUCAUCGUCACCGUGCGCGGGCUCGACCACAGCACGGGGCUGCGCACCGCAGGGAAGCUGAACUUGGUGGACCUGGCUGGCUCGGAGCGCGUGGGGCGGUCGGGCGCUGAGGGCAGCCGUCUCCGCGAGGCGCAGUACAUCAACAAGUCGCUCUCGGCGCUGGGGGAUGUCAUCUACGCCCUGCGCUCGCGCCAGGGCCACGUGCCCUUCCGCAACUCCAAGCUCACCUACCUGCUCCAGGACUCCCUCAGCGGAGACAGCAAAACCCUCAUGAUGGUGCAGGUAGGGCUGGCAGGCGCCCGACUGCCCCCAUGAAACCUCCC